GCUACCUACGCUACGCUACCUACCUACUAACCUACCUAUACAACACACGAGGUAAUACCGGCCGGCAUCAUCUUACUUUCCUUGAACAGCGUGGAUAUUAUCAAGCGCUGCCUGUCGAUGAGCCUGUGAAUUCCAGCCACGAUCAUAUGCCAAAGCUCUCACCGAGUUAGAGCUGUCCAAGUCCUCUGCUGGCGUUACCCCCCCGAUCUACUCCGCAACCCAAUUCAAUAGACAUCCUCAACAUCUCGACAUAGCCGAUCUUAUCUAGGUUCUUUGCGACAACUCGUAGUCAUGUCGACAAAGUACGCUUUCUUGUCGUUGCCGCAAAGCGUCUUCGACUCGAGCGACCGCGAUGAUGCCGUCUCGUCUCUGCGCGGCACCAUUUCCAACGACAAUGGCUCCGUCCUGCCUUUCAACAUCCCCGAUUUCAAGAUCGGCACCCUCGACGCUCUUGUCCAGCAGGCAGACGAGCUCACCAAGCUUGAGGCUUCGUGCGAGGCUGUUGUUUCCAAGGUUGCCGACUCUCUAAAGAACGUGCUCGAGGGCGACGAGGACCGCAUCGCCCAGUACAAAAUGGUCAACGAUAAACCGACCGACCAGUAUGUGAGCACGUUCAGCUGGAACAAGAUUCGAUACCGAGCCGACAAGUCUCUCGCAGAGCUCAUUAGCACCCUGCAGAAGGAGCUUGCCAACGUUGAUACCGAUGUGAAAACAAAGUUCAAUCAGUACAACUCAGUCAAGACAAAUCUUGCAGCGCUGCAGAGGCGUCAGACUGGUAACCUUUCCACGAAAUCCCUGACACCUAUCGUUGAUCCCGCCCUUCUUGUUCAGGAUUCCGAAUACAUAGAGACGCACCUUAUCGUUGUCCCUGGAAACGCGAAGAAGGACUUCCUCAAAGGCUAUGAAACAUUAGCCCCCAUGGUCGUUCCUCGCUCGGCUGUUGAAGUCGCCAAGGAUGACGAGUUUGUUCUCUAUGCAGUUGCGACGUUUAAGAAACACAGCGCCGAGUUCCUCGCCAAGUGCCGAGAGCAAAAGUGGACGCCUCGCCAGUUCAAGUACGUUGAGGGAGGUCGUCAAGAGGAGCAAAGGGAGCUUGAUCGAGUGACCAACGAGGAGCGCAAGGUUUGCGGAGAGGCACUGCGUAUGGGACGCACAGGAUGGAGUGAGAGUGUCAUGAUCUGGAUCCAUGUCAUGACCCUGCGAGUCUUUGUCGAAGCAGUCCUCCGAUACGGUCUGCCUCUGGAUUACGUGACAGCACUGGUCAAGACAACAUCUAAGCUAGCCCCCAAGGUCAAGACGGCCCUGGACUCCAACUACUCGUACCUCGGCGGUAACGCUUUUGGAAGAGACAAGCGUGGAAAGAUAACCAAGGACGAUGCUGCGCUGAGCUCAGAGAUGGCGGCGGCUGGUUUCCAGACCGGAGAAGGCCACGAAUACACGGCAUACGUAUACUACGAGAUUGAGUUUCCUUAGCGACCUUCACAGGUAGAACCGGGACGAGGAGGAAAGCAAAGUGGGAAGCAGAACGAUAGAACGAUUCGCAUGCAUGAAGAGACACCUGUACUCUAUACUUUUGAUCAUGCCUGUAUGUGACGACGUCUGUAGCCGACAUGGCAUUAAUACCCUAUCUAUCUCGUUGAAACGCAAAACGCAAUCAUCAUCAUCAUUUACAUAUUUAUUUCUUGUUGAGGUAGCCCUUCUCGUUGAGCCACUCAACGAUCUGAGCGACACAUUCCUCAACAGAGUUCUCGUGAGUCUUGAUGGUGAUCUCAGCCUUCUCGGGCUCCUCGUAAGGAGCAGAGAUGCCAGUGAAAUCCUUGAUUUCACCGGCGCGAGCCUUCUUGUAAAGACCCUUGGGGUCGCGCUGCUCAGCAACCUCGAGGGGCACAUCGACGUAGACCUCGACGAAGGGGAUAGGCGCGUCGCCGCCUUGAGUGGCCUGCUCGUGUAGCUGACGGGCGACCUGGCGAUCCGCUCGGUAGGGAGAGAUGAAGGAGGUAAUAGCGAUGGUGGAAGAAUCGGCAAACAGCUUAGCAACCUCGGAGAUGCGGCGGAUGUUUUCGUUUCGGUCGACCUCGGAGAAGCCAAGGUCCUUGUUGAGGCCGAAGCGAACGUUGUCACCAUCCAGGCGGUAGGCGGCGACGCCCAGGUGAAGGAGGUGCUGCUCAAGAGCAGUGGCGACGGUGGACUUGCCAGAGGCAGAGAGACCGGUCAGCCAGAUGGUGAGACCGCGCUGGCCGCGGGUCUCUUCGCGCUCCUUGCGCGAUAGAGAGGGGUGCCAGGUAAUGUUG